AUGGACAAAGACAAGAGGAACGACAUUCCUGAGCACAGCUCAUGGAUGGAAAUGCACCAGUUCAUCGGUGACCUCCUGCUGUCGUCUGGAAGCUCGGUCAAGGAACAGUCCGACGUCAUGAACGUGUGGAGCAUGUUGGGGGGUGGCUCGCUCCAAUCAACCCGUGCUAUGCACAAGACCGAGACGACGCCAAAGAAAAGUAAGGCCAUAGACAAUAUGCGCCAUGUCUGCACCUGUCCCGGCUGCCCUUUCUCCUCUUCCAGACAAGCCUCAUCUUCAAUUGCGCAGUCGGAGGCUUCAAAAGAGAGUAGCUCCCCCUCAACCACCGGCACUGGUACUACUCUUCCACACAGCUCUGCCGAUGGCUGCCCUGACGCAAGCGACUCCUCCGAGAGCAACCCUAACCUGGAAGCUCCCCCGUCCCGACUGUCCUCCUUAAACCGUAUUUCCUCUGUGUGCCCUUGCUCUGCAUUGUGUCGAACGCACCAUCACUUCCACCACUGCCCUAUCAGCACUUGCCUGCCGUGCCCUCAGCCCCCUUUCCCCCGCCUGGCGUCUUUCCAGUCCCGCCUGCUCCAGCGGGAUUCCGAGGAGCGCGGCUGCCCGGCGCAGUCCCCCUUGCUGCACUCUUGCAUGCACUGCACCGCGUCCUUCUCAAGACCGUCGCAGUUGCUGCAGCACCAGCGUGCCGAGCAUGCCCAAAAACCCUCUGGCUUCUUAUGCACCCAGUGCGGCCGGACUUUCAACUCGCACAGCAACCUGCGCAUCCACCUCCACGUGCACACGGGGGCUCGACCGUACACCUGCUCUGAAUGCGGAAAGGGCUUCAGCCAAUCAGGUGCGCUCAAAAUCCAUAGGCGGAUCCACACGGGUGAGAGGCCCUACUCCUGCGGCUUCUGCGGGAGAGGCUUUCCCCACUUGGCGGGGGUCCGAGCCCACCAGAGGAUCCAUACGGGGGAAAAACCUUACCGCUGUAGCCAGUGCGGUAAAUGCUUCACUCAAUCUGGAGCACUAAAGAUCCACAUCCGCAUUCACACCGGAGAGAGGCCCUUCGUCUGUGACAUCUGCGGUAAAGCCUUUUCCAACCGCUCGGGCGUCCGCUUCCAUAACCAAACGGUUCAUGGUCUGACUCCAGAGCAGGCGGGAUCCACGGGGGUUCAGCUCGGGCGACCUCGCGCUUACCCGCCCGCUAGCGGCGCACCUUCACAGACUGAGAAUCGAUCCGGAUUCGUGCAGCUCGUUGAAACCGCCACUGAGGGUGAGAGCACCAGACCGAUUUACGUUUGCGAGGACUGCGGUCUGCGUUUUAAAGACGCGCCUGCCCGGAAUAAACACCAGGCUAUAGUGCACUACUCUGCGGAGGAGGUGACUCCCAAAGAAGGAAGCACAAUUGAGGGAGCCCCUCUUGACAAUGGAGAGUAA